GGUAACUAUUGGUUGAAUCUCAAUACUACGCUACUUGCCACUUCCCCUCCCGGAUAUGAUAAUCUGCCGAGGUUGGACAGGCCGAUAACCGACUCAGCUUCUCAAACCCCCGGGCUAACUUGCUGUCUACCUUCCCUGAAGUUACAUGAGUAUUGUUCGUGGUUAUUGGGAUAUCUCGGAUACGUGUAGCCAACGAGCUUUCCCCGCACAGAAUGCCAACUGCGUCUCUGUAUCCCCCGGUCGAUAUUCCCGACGUCGAUCUGUGGACGUUUCUCUUUGAGCGCAAAGAACGACCAUUCCCAGAGGACCAGAUCAUCUACCAGGAUGCAGACACACGCCGCUGCUACACCUACCAAGAGGUUCGACAGGCAGCACUGGACUUUGGCAAGGGCCUCAAGGCGGCCUGGAACUGGCGCAAAGGCGAUGUGCUGGCCCUCUUCACGCCCAACUGCAUCGACACCCCCGCCGUGAUCUGGGGCACCCACUGGGCGGGAGGCGUCGUCUCCCCGGCUAACCCGGCGUACACGGUCGACGAGCUGGCCUUCCAGCUGAAGAACUCCGGGGCCAAGGCUUUAGCAACACAGCUCGCGCACCUGUCUGUUGCGACCGAGGCGGCCAGAAGAGCCGGGAUCGCAGACAACCGGAUCAUCUUGCUCGGCGACCAGCGCCAUCCCGCCGCCCGCUUCAAGCAUUUCACUACCAUCCGCAACAUCGAGGGGACCGCGCGCUUCCGUCGGACGAAGGUCGACCCGGCGAAAGACCUGGCCUUCCUGGUCUACUCGUCUGGCACAACGGGGACGCCCAAGGGGGUCAUGCUCUCCCACCGCAACAUCAUCGCCAAUAUCCUUCAGUACAAGGCUGGGGACAGGAACCUCAGCUGUCAUGGAGGACCAGAUGGCAAGGGUGACCGCGUCUUGGCUUUUCUGCCUUUUUAUCACAUUUACGGCUUGACUGUUCUGAUCCAUCAAGCCAUGGAUUCCGGCCUGCACCUCGUAGUGAUGGCCAAAUUUGACCUGGAGAAGUUUUGCGCGCAUAUCCAGGACUUCCAGGUCACGCUGGCGUACGUGGCGCCGCCGGUGGUGCUCCUGCUCAGCAAACACCCGGUGGUGGACAAGUACGAUCUGUCGAGUCUGAAAAUGAUGAACUCCGGGGCGGCGCCAUUGACGCAGGAGCUGGUCGAGGCGGUGUAUACGCGGAUCCAGUGCGGCGUCAAGCAGGGCUACGGGCUCAGUGAGACCAGCCCGACGACGCACACACAACCCUGGGCGGACUGGCGCCGCACCGUCGGCUCCGUGGGCAGGAUGCUACCCAACCAGGAGGCCAAGUACAUGACCAUGCCGGAGGAUGGGUCUGCGCCGCGCGAGUUGCCCGUCGGCGAGACGGGCGAGCUGUACCUGCGCGGGCCCAACGUCUUCCUGGGCUACCACGGCAACCCGGCGGCGACGGCCGAGUGCCUGUCGGCGGACGGCUGGUUCCGCACGGGCGACGUCGGCUACCAGGACGCUGAGGGGAACUUUUUCAUUACGGAUCGCGCGAAAGAGCUCAUCAAGUACAACGGUUUCCAAGUAGCGCCCGCCGAACUGGAGGGCAUCCUGGUCGGCAGCCCGGCCGUCGACGACGUCGCGGUCAUCGGUGUCCACAGCGCCAGCCAUGGUACUGAAGUCCCCGUCGCGUACGUCGUGCGCAGCGCCCAGAGUAAAGAGUCAGGUCGCUCCGCUGAGGAUGAGGCCGCCAGCAUUGCCCACUGGCUCGAGGAUAAAGUCGCCUACUACAAACGUCUGCGCGGGGGGGUGCACUUUGUCGACGAGAUCCCCAAGAGUCCGAGUGGGAAGAUUUUGCGGCGGGUUUUGAGGAAGAAUGCACAGUUAAAGCAGGAUAGUAUAAGAGCGAAGCUAUAAUACAUAUACACU